UUCACACGUUUAAAGGAGAAGAGCAGCAGCACCGGCAGCGAGACCAGCGCCAACAAGGCUAGCCUUGAGAGAAGGAGGAGGCAGCGGCAGAGGAGGCAGCGGCGCUAGUGGCAGCAGCAGAUGUAGUGGCAGCAGCGCUAUUCAAUUCAAUGAAGUUAGUAAGACCCAAAAAUAUAAAAUACUCGAAUUGUUACGGGAUGUCUAACCUGGUGGUGGCGGGCAUGGAGGAGGAAGUAGCAGGUGAAGAGGACAUGGCAGCGGAGGAGGAAGCACCGGAAGCAGAAGCAGAUCCGCUGGAAGCAGCGCCAGAACCGGCUUGAAUGGUCAAGGUUCCGGUGUAGCUGAUGUUAGGGCUGACACCAGCAGUGAUGGCGUCUGAAAACGAUGUACAAAGGUGAGUAAAAGACCGUCACUUUGGCUUCACCUAACCCGGAGAUUGUCCGAGCACCCUGUUUACACGCUUCCCAAACCGGGUCCUCGGCAAACUGAGUUCAUAGGUGUAU